CUUCUUCCGUGUUGCUGUAGAGUGCAUGGCGCAGCGAAAGUGACGAGGAGAAUCUGCUAAUCUUUGGGAUACCGAAACCGUGGAUUUAUUUGGGAAUGAUGCAGAAAUUCUGAAGUGAGUGUGUGAGAUGAAAUCACCUCCGAGAGUGUGGACAACCAUCACUGCCCCUUUGAUGAAUACGUGCAGAACGGGUCUCAGGAAUAGCGUCUGCUGGAUUCAUAAACACUUCUUUAGGACUCACAACAACCCCUGAGCUUUGUUUUUGUGGGUCACAAAACGCACAGAUUGACCGUUUUGCAUGUGAAUUGACGAUGACUGAAGGUGGGAAAAUGAAUUUGGAGCGUCUCGGUGGAGUUGCGAGGCUCCGACAGGAACACGAGAAGGUGGUGAAAGACUGUGAAAGUCGGAUUCAGCACUGGAAGAAGGUGUCGGGUGACUACGAGGCUCUGAGUGAUCGCCUCCAAACUCUCCCAGAUCAACUCUCUUAUGACAUCAUGGUGCCAUUUGGCCCUCUGGCCUUCAUGCCCGGGAAGCUGGUGCACACCAACGAGGUCACGGUGCUGCUGGGUGACAACUGGUUCGCUAAGUGUGCCGCCAAGCAAGCCCAAAAACUUGUCGAUCACAGGAUGAAGCAUGUGAGGAAGGAAUUAGACGAUCUGUCCAAGACGAUGAAAAUGUUCGCAGCAAAAGUUGGGUUUGCAAGCGACCUGGAAACCUUAUCAGCUAGUAAAGAAGCCUAUGUCGACAUCAGAGAGGAGGUCGGAAACAAUGAGUCUGCUGUCACAAAAGGAAAGCAAAGGAAAGCCCACAAACCAAACUCCAAGCCCAAGAGCGAUGUGGUGUUUGAUCUGAAAGAGGAGGAUGAGGAGGAGAGUGAAGAUGGAGGGAGCAGAAAAGGCAUCUUGACUGAGGAGGAGUUGUGGACUCGACUGGAUGAACUAGAGAAGCUCGAGGAGCUUCAGGAUGAGCAGGACAGAUUAUGUGAUUACGCAGACAUGAACGGCGAGAAUUCAUCUUCCUCUUCCUCCGAGGAGGAGAAGGAGGCGGAUGUUGCUCCUCCGGUAAACGGGCCGAGUUUGAAGCCGAGCUGGAGAGCCGCACCUCCCAGCGGACAGCCGCUCUCCCAACGGAAAGAAGACGAGUACGAUGAGGAAGAAGGCGACUGCUCGCCGACGAUUUUUUUCUCCCACACAGUCGAACCCAAAAAGGUGAGAAUCAACACGGGCAAAAACACCAUGUUGAAGUUCAGCGAGAGGAAAGAGCAGAAGGAACAUUCGAAGAGAAAGAAGAAAAAUGGCCAAAGUAAUGGACACGCCCACCACGAACUCCACAAAAUCACGACCCCGGCGGAUAUUUACAGGUUGUUUGUGGAUGUGAAGAACGGCGAGCUCGUUCCCAGAAAGUCCAUCUUGAAGUCCCGCAGUCGAGAGAACAGCGUGUGCAGCGACACAAGCGAGAGCAGCGCCGCCGACUUCGAAGAGCGCAGGAUGGUGGCGCGCAGCUUCAGUCACGAUGACACGACGCACAGCGACACCAGCGACGGCAUCACAGAGGAAGACAGUCCCACAGCCGUGCCGCUGCUCGCCUCCAGCCGCUUUGAAGCGUUUUCAGGGACAGUGAUAGAAAAGGACCCGAUGCCUUUAGCCGUCCCCCACCUGACCAUCGUCCCACCGGCUCUGCCAACCAUACUGGAGAGGAAACAGGAGGAGGUGGUGCCCGACGUGGCCCCGCCUCAGCAGGCGCCUAAAAGGGUGUCCAAGUUCAAAGCUGCCAGGCUGCAGCAAAAGUGACUUUUGACGGGAACAUUUUUCUUAUUCAAGCAUUUUUCCCUCUUUAUAAACUAAUAAACACUUUUUACUUAACCUUGCUUCCACUUUUCCCUCUAAAUGAACAGGGUCCUUAUUAUUCAUUAAAAUGGAAACAUGUCCAUCCUACCUAUCAACCUGUAGAUGUCGAUAAUUAGAACUUUUUUGACCGGGUCAGAACUUGACCUGUUUUCCGCUCUGCUGCUGAUCCCUGUUGUUUCCGGGUGAAGUGAGUCUGUACACAUCAGACACCCUUUCUUUAUGAAGCAGAACCAGUUGCUGAAGUGUGGUUUCGAACACUCUGACCUUCCUAAUGAAUGUAUGUAUUUUUCUGUGACGAGCUUUAUGUAAAGAAAAAUGAUUAAUCGAAACUAAAAAUAAAUGAAUUUAACCACCA